GGUACUCCCCAUUCAUGAUGUGUGACUACAAGUACCUUUUCAAGAUUCUCGUCCUGGGCGACUGCGGCGUGGGCAAGUCUUGUCUUCUGAUGCGCUUCACAGAUGGACGAUUCACUGGGCAGUAUCUGUGCACGGUGGGCGUGGACUUCAAGGUACGCACUGUGGAGGUGGCCGGACAAGUGGUGAAGCUUCAAAUCUGGGAUACAGCCGGCGAGGAGCGUUUUAGGUCGGUGUUGCCUACCUAUUAUCGCGGGGCCCAUGGUGUUCUACUCGUCUAUGACACUACAUCGCUUAGCAGUUUCCAGAACAUUGAUAGUUGGCUGGAAGAGAUACGUCAAUAUUGUCCGGAAAUGGUGAGCGUCUUACUAGUGGGUAACAAAUGCGAUGAGCUUGAAAGCCGCCAGGUGAGCCAAGAGCAGGCGGCCCACUACGCUGAAUCACGGGCAGUGCCAUUCCGUGAGACUUCGGCCAAGAGUGGUGCCAAUGUAAAUCACAUCUUUGCCGCCCUGGCUGUUGCCGUCUAUAAUCGCCUGGUGGCCAAACCUAGACCGUCCAUACGCAUGAAUCGCUCUUCUUCUGCAUCUGAUCGGUCAAUGGCUAUACCUCCCACAAGCCCUUGUAGGGUAGAUAUGCAUUCAUCAAGUAAUCGCUUGAUGGGCGGACAGGAGCUAGCCAAUGAAUCGGAGGACAUCGAGGCGCUAGCAAUGGCCCCAGUGCAUCUAACGGACAGGACGGGCUUUCGGAACAAGAACGUUGAUAACUGCUGUUAGGAAACUCAAAAAACUUUGUUGAUUCUUACACCGGGGAAAAUUACUAGUUCUUGCCGUUUUUUGACUUUCUUUUCAUUUCAAAGCUAACAAUGUUGUGUUCUUUUAUAAUUAUACAUUUAUUAACUUUAAACGAAGGGAUUUCACACUUAACAAGCUCAAUAAACACAUCGAAAUGCCCAAAUCUUUUGAUAUAAAUCUUAUUUAAAACUUUCUCUUAUAUUUAAGUUAAAUUUUAUCUUAAGUAUUUAAGUAUUUGGCAGGCGACUAAGAAGACACCAUAAGAUUUCGAGCAAUAAACAGAUUUUCAAGUUUUAUUUUUAAAUAUUGUAAAAGCUAAGAAAACAUUUUGGAUUUGGUAAUCUGCUUGUUUUUUUUUGCCAAAC